AUGAGAGAUUUGAUGAGGUCCAAUGAUGAUAAGAACCUACGAUUGCCAUUCGGAGGUAAAACAAUUGUCUUCGGUAGGAAUUUUAGGCAAAUCUUGCCAAUGAUCCCAAAAGGAACAACACAAGACAUCGUAAAUGCGUCUUUAAACUCCUCAUACCUAUGGCAACAUUAUGAAAUAUUAAGGCUCACCGUAAACAUGCGAUUGCAAUCUAUGACUACAGAUAGUCAAGUAGAAGAUUUAAAGCAGUUUCCUAAAUGUAUUCUUCAUGUUAGAAACGAAAAAUCUAAAGGAACCUCUGAUAGAUGUAAUAUGACAAAAAUAUUGCCUGAAUUCCAUAUCACUGAUUAUAAUGAUUAUAUUCAAGGAAUUAUUGAAGCAAUAUAUCCUAAUUAA